AUGGAAUCAGUCACACUAGAGGCCCUACCUCCUGAAAUGAAGACAGCCGUUUUGUAUGCUAUCCCAGACCGUACCUCCCUGAAUGCUUUGGUUCAUGCCUCUCCCUGCUUCCAUGCGUUGUAUCUGUCACGGCGCAAACAACUACUGUCAACCGCCCUUGCAAGAUGCCUCCAGCUGCCCGUCAUGGUCGAUGCGGUUGCUGCGUUGAUCGCCCUACGCGGACGGCAGGAAAGGUGCAAAGCCCCGAAGCCUGCUCUAGAGGCAGCCGAGGAGUUUCUGAGCAAAUACGUUCCCCUGCGUUCAAUACUGAACGCCCCAUACUCCUAUUCUGCAGAAAAAUACCUAGAUCAGGAGUUGGACGUUUAUCAAGUGUUUGCCUCUUUGACGGAAGACGACCUACUUGAAAUGGCUCGACUUCAUACUAUAGUGGAGUUCAUCUUAGAAGAUACGGUCCACUCAUUUCUCGGGCUUAGGCCAGAUGCCCAAAAGCCAAAGGAAGAGAAUGCUGCAUUAUCACCACCAGAAAUAUUUCGGGUGCAACGAGCAAUCUACCAGUCUUAUGCAGCGGCAACGAGCUUCCAUGGUUUGAAGAGCUAG